CGUCACAUCCGGAGUAAACCCAUGUUUUGCUUCUUUUUCAUCUCAGUUUUAGUUUCAUCUUCAAGUCAACGUCUGUUUACCUCCCUUAUUUCCAGCCGUCAUGUCUCGAGGGUCAAGUGCAGGGUUUGACCGCCAUAUUACCAUCUUCUCUCCGGAGGGAAGACUUUACCAAGUCGAGUAUGCUUUCAAGGCCAUCAACCAGGGAGGACUGACGUCUGUUGCGGUCAGAGGAAAGGACUGUGUUGUGAUUGUCACACAAAAGAAAGUCCCAGACAAGCUGCUGGAUGCUUUGACCGUCACACAUCUGUUUAGAAUUACAGACAACAUUGGCUGUGUUAUGACAGGCAUGACUGCUGAUAGCCGGUCUCAGGUGCAGAGGGCACGAUAUGAAGCAGCUAACUGGAUGUACAAGUACGGCUAUGAGAUCCCUGUGGACAUGUUGUGCAAACGCAUGGCAGAUAUCUCCCAAGUCUACACCCAAAACGCAGAGAUGAGGCCGCUAGGCUGCUGUAUGAUGGUGGUUGGGCUGGAUGAAGAGUUGGGUCCGCAGCUUUACAAGUGUGAUCCAGCUGGCUAUUAUUGUGGCUUUAAGGCCACUGCAGCAGGAGUCAAACAGACUGAGGCCACCAGCUUCCUGGAGAAGAAACUCAAGAAGAAGCUUGAUUUGACCUAUGAGCACACUAUAGAGACAGCUAUCUCUUGCCUGUCAACCGUUCUGUCCAUCGACUUCAAGCCCUCAGAGCUGGAGGUGGGAGUCAUCACUAAACAGGAAUCUCGAUUCAAGAUUCUGUCAGAGGCUGAGAUUGAUGUUCAUCUAGUGGCUCUAUCCGAGAGAGAGUGAGGAAAGUGUACAGCAACACACAAAAAGGUUUUGUCUAAAAGAAACAUAAAAGAGUUGGAAUAAUCUUGUUCAGGAGAGACGAGACCAAAACAAAAAGAUCAACAAUGAUCAACAUUUUUGGCCAUUUUUCACCAGGUGGCGCUGGCACUUACCCCUCCUCCAUCCUCUGUUGUCACAGCCAGGAUCUGCCUGAAUGCCAUUGUCCUAAUAUUGACCUCUACUUUUUGUCCUUGUCACCAAACUGAGAAAGAUGCUGGACAUUCAAUUCAACAAUAUAAAGAUGCAGCUACGGUUACAGUGUCCCCUACAGCACAAUAUCUCUUUUUACCUCUUUCUCAGCGAGGACUCGGUGCAGCUUCUUGAGUCACUGUAUUCAAACAGUGCUUCCACUCUUUACUCAGGGCUGCCAGGUGUAUCUCUCAUUUAAUUAUUCAGCUUCAAAGUCUCUCUCUCUCUCAUGUGUUUAGUACAGGGUGGUGUUUGUGCUCUGAUGUAAUUUGUGAUAACCCAAAAAAAAAAACAGCUGUGGGAAUUGUCCAAUUUUCCAGUGCCGAUCAUCACUGUCACUACUCCUCCUGCAAAGAUCAGCUCAGGUCAACAUCAAUAAGAAUCUCUUAUUUUUUCAUUUUCCCGUUGUGUUUGAAUCCUCCUCCCCUUAUCUGAAACUGCUGUACAUAACUACACUUCUAAUAAACAAUGUUUUUAUUGAACA